AUGGGGCUCCCAAAGCCAGGAGGUGUCAUAGCCCUUGCAGCAGCGCGAGGCCCAAGAGGAGAGCUUGCCACAGGCCCUCCUGAGAAAACAAAUGCAGGGCACUUGAUGCUAACAAAUCUUUUGCUGCUCAAGCUAAAAGCCACAGCCAAAGAGAGUGGGAUGGAGGGAAGAAUCGUCAAUGUAUCCUCAUCUGCACAUCGAAAGACUUACUCUUCAGGAAUCCGCUUUGACAAUAUCAACUAUCCAUCCAGGUAUGCACCCUAUGGUGCCUACGGCCAAACCAAGCUUGCAAACAUACCCCAUGCAAAUGAACUCGCUAGGCGCUUACAGGAAGAAGAUUUCAAUGUAACAGCCAACUCUGUGCAUCCUGGAGUUAUACCAACUAACGUUAUUCGUUGUAUGAAAUUCUUAGCUAUUCCAGUGGCAUUUGCAAUGGUCUUCUGGAAAACUAUACCCCAGCAUUUGAACUCAUUACUUUGGGAACAAUCUAUUGGAGUAUGGUAUCGAACCUGGAUGCCUUCGAUGUUUAAGAACCAGGAAUACAAUAGCUAUGCUCUUCGAAGAUCAGAUGAGCCAUUAACAUUGCACCUUAUUUCUGUUAAAUGA